AAGAAAGUAUUUUAUUUGUGCAGAAUGGUCCCACACACACACACACACUCUCUCUCACACACACACACACACACUCUCACACUCAGAAACCUCCUAAGAAACACUAUGGAGAGCUUGCUAACCCUGUAGAUUGAUCAGACCAUUAUGUGUCCUGAUGCCAUGGCGGCGGGGUGCCGACCAUAUUGCGGAGUGUGAGAGCAGUGUAAUGGAGACUGGGCCUCCAUCCACUGGGGGUCCUGAUGUGGUGUUGGGGCUCCAGAGACUCUCUUUUGCCUACCAGGGCCUCUUGGAGAUUCCCUAUGACACUAUCCUUCAGCAACAUGAUACUCUAGAAGUUCUGGAUCUCAGCUACAAUUUACUGGACGAGAACCCGGCACUUUUGGGGGGCCUGGACAAUCUCAGCACACUCAUCCUGGACUGCAACAACUACAAUGCACAUGUGAAAUUCCCCUACAUGCCCAGCCUUACCACCUUGUGGAUCAACAAAAACAAAAUCAGCAACCUGCCCAUCAUUGUGGAGGAGAUCUGCUGCAAAUUUCCAAAUAUCAAAAUUCUAAGUAUGAUGGACAAUGAAGCAGCUCCCAGUUACUUUAAUGGAGGCAGUCUUACCCAGUAUAUUGACUACAGGCAGUAUGUGAUCAGUCAGAUACCAAGUCUGGAGGUGCUGGAUGACACAGAGGUGCAGAAAAAAGAGCGAGAGAUGGCCAGGAAGACUUACAGGAUGCAGAGAAUCAGAGAAGGCAGCAAGAGGAGGAAGGAGCUUCGUCGCUAACAGCAAAUUGUGCUUCCUCCAGGCUGCACUCGAAAAAUAGCUUUAUGGCUGAACUUGAUUCAAUGGUGGACAGUGGUUCCAUGUGUUUUAAAUGAGUUUUCUUAACUUUAAAAUUACAAUGCAAUCUCAAAACAAACACUUUGUGUAGAAAGAACCUAGCUGAAUUGAAUAAAACCAACAAAAUUAGACACAUCAGUUUAACUCAAAUACAACGUUUUUAUUUAAUUGUGUACUACUAACUAGUGAAAGUGAAUGUUAGCACGCUAAAUACUUGUUUGGGAAGUCGUCAGAGAGUAGUUUAGCAACUAUGCUAUGGUUAGCACAGCAAUUGCUCAAUGAAGCAAUCAACUUCUUGUGUGACAUUUACUUCAUUGUUAGCACAAGCUCAUCUCUCCAAUACAAUGUAAAUUAUUCUAAAUCUCAGCAUAACAAAACAUGAAACAUUAAUUAGUAUCCCUCUUUAUAUUCAUAUUGUAAAAAAAACAAACCUUAAAUAAUAUUUAUUUUUUACAUUUACUCUCCCUAUGGUGUCCCAUGCAAAGCAUGAUGGUAAAUGGAAAUCCCCUGCCCAGUUUCAUCAGCGUGACCAUUAAUUCCACAAAAAUUAUUCAUGUCCCAACUGGAUUAAGUAAACUUCCAUUUUACAAAUUGAAAUGGAUAGAACGCAAUGAAAUCAUGUUGUGACAAAAAUUUCUAGAAUUGUGUUGCUUUAGUUCAGUUUUAUUAAAGGUUGUCUUUGUGUCAUCUAGGACUUACACUGACACCUAGUGGCUUGGAUGCAGCAACAUUUAAAAUCAGUAGUUUUCAGUUUCAGAUGCCAUUGUAGAAAUAUAGUAUUCACAGUCAUUAUGAAUGUGACAUGUUUGCAUUUAAACUUUGAUUUGAAGCCACAACAAAUAAAUAUUAAAU